AGAAAAAAAACUUGAAGCGAAGUUUGAACUCAUAAAUCCAAACUAUAUCACCAACGACAACGACAAAAUCUAUUUAUUUUCAUCGCCAUUAUUAUUUAUCGUGUUCAUAACACUUGUUUUCGUUUAAAUAUGAAUCUGACUCUACUCACAAAUAUUUGCUGCCAACACAAUCAAAGCUUGCAUUGAUAAAUGAAUGGUAUACCAAUGUUUGGUAUUGUAGUGGUUACCCAUCACCUCCACCGACUAUCAUAUAAAAGAUAAAAAAAAAACCAUACGGCUAUUGCACUGUAUUCAAACAGAAAAAAUUUAAAAAACAGUUUUUUUUGGCCAACUACAGCAUUUCAUUCUAAUCACAUUAUCAUUGACCACAUUGUCUUAACAAAAACAACCACACAUUAGACAAAACAAGUAGACGGAUCGUCGUCGCCGUUGGCCCUUGAAUUCCAACAAAAUAUAUAAAAAACAAGUAAAAAAAAAGAAAAAAUUUCUUGUUUCGCCGGUCAUCAUUAUUAUCAAAGAAUAUAUCUUGACAGUUUAUGAUCAGACAAGUGGUCAUCGUCUCGCAGCAAGUGGCAUAGUUGUUGAAUUUUUUUUUUUGAUCAUUUAUUCGUUUGUAGACCUGCAAAAGACAUUCCACGUUUGCCGAUUUAAAAUUAUUUUUUUUCUUUCUUCGUCUGAUAUCUGUUGAUUACUUUAUGAUUUUUCGACCAACUAAAGUUUUAAACAAGUGCAAAUAUCCGAAUAUUUACAAAUAUACACAUAGUUUGAUAGAGUCAAGUUUGAAUGUGAAAGUUUUGUUUCAAAUUUGUUUUUUCAUGACAACAAUAUCAAACAUCAACAUUAUUGACAACAAAAAAAAAUUAUUUGUGAUGAUAAUAAUAUUGCCGUUGUUUUGAUCUGACAUUGAAUUUCGAUUAUCAUUAUUUUCAUGAAUUAUUAGUAGAAAUUGUGAUGAUAAGAUUGAUGAAAAUAAUUCGCACGAAUGCUAAACAUUUAUUAUAAUCAACAAUAAUAAUCUAUUCGAAUAUUUGGCCAUACCAUCGAAAAAAAGCAGGAAAACAACAUUUCAGGCCGAUAUUUGUGUUCGAUUAUAAUUUUUGAAUAGAUAAUUUCGUAUCACAAUGAACGAUUCAUCAUCCACGUUGAUUGUCGAUCCCCAGUCAACGGCAUUAUCAUCAUCAUCGCCAUCAUUUUCUAAUAAUCAAAAAAUGGAAAAUAUUUCUUCAACAUUAGAGCAACCAUCAUUGUCAACCAUCGAUGGUGAAUUAUCAUCACCAAUAUUUUCAAUGUCUCCAGCAUUGCUAAUGUUUUCUAGUCAAGAUAUCUGUAACGAUUAUUCUAACACCGCUAAUAGCAUUUCAUCAAUGAAUUGAUAAUUCCGAUCGUAACAAGAAAUUUUCUUUUUCAUCCAGUACAUCUGUUUCAGAUUCUGGUACUGAAUCUAUUGUGGAUGAAGAUUUUGCUCGUGAAAAGAUAUUGAAUUAUUUUGUACAAGAUAAUUCAAAAACAGUGCAUUUAGCACGUAGAAGAAUGACCGGCAUCUGUCAUUCGACACCAUUGAAAAGCCGUGAUAACCUUGAUGAUGAUGAUGAUGAAAAAGAAGAAUUUAGUCCUUCUGAUAGUGACCAUGAAAGUGAAUCAACACUUUCCAACUGUAAAUCACCCUCAUCAUCAUAUUCAUUAUCGCCUGUCGAUAAUUUUGAUGGCACACCGCGAUCAAAUGAUACAAUUUUGGAUCUGAAUACCGUAUGUGUUGCUUUGAAUAAAAAGCUUCGUGAAGAGAAAGAGAAACAUGAUAAUCAUGAUUCCAAGAGAAGUGAUAUUAUAAAUGAUGGCAGCUUAGACGACAUUACAGCUGAAGAAAUUCAUGACAACAAUCAAAAUGAUCGUCGAAAUUCAACUCUGGUACGAUCAACUUCGUUAAAAACUGGUAAAACUCCGCCAGGAACGCCUGGCAGUAAGAAAAUUGUACGAUUUGCUGAUGCUAUGGGUCUUGAUUUGGCAUCUAUACGCCAUAUUGUUGAUGAUGUUCCAUAUAUGCCGCCAUUGGCUGCAUUCAAAUCAUUACAGCUUGAUGAUGAAGAUCGUGAUUGGUUGUUGCAGAAUCGAUCUAUUCAUCCACCAACGUUCAACAUGAAUAAUCGUCCAAUUGCUAAGACGGAUGAAAUGCUUGCAACCAUGCGAAUGCUUUUUCCUCAACCAAUUUCUGAUCCAGUUCAUUUCAUGGAACGCGUCCGUACAAAUAAAAUUUGUCUUGAAAAUUGUUUGCUCAGCGGCCCUACAGGUUCCAAUCAUAUUUUCACCAUCAAUUGUAUUGUUCGUGUACUGAACGUAUGUUUUCAAAAACAAGUCAUUUUACGAUACACUACAAAUGAAUGGCUUACGUGGACAGAAAUUCCUGGAACUUAUGUACCAAAUUCUAAUGAUGGUUUUAGUGAUAAAUUCUCAGUCAAUUUUGAAUUGGCAGUGAAUUCAAAUGGCCAUCAGACAAUGAUGCCCGGACAACGAUUAAUGUUUGCCAUUCGUUAUCUAACUGAAAAUCUAACUGAAUUUUGGGACAAUAAUGUCGGAAUGAACUAUUCUUUUAUUUAUCAACGAUGUUGAAAUUCAAUCUACUUCACUAAUUUUGUACAUGUUAUUGGUAUUAAUUCUAUUCCUUUUUCUUGUCUUAUAUAUGCAUGUUUUUUCGAACUUGAACCAUGAACAGGAAUUUUGAUCUAAUAUUGCCAGCCGUUUUUUCCUUUAAUUUAUAUCAGUCAAACUGUCUAUCCGUCUUUCUUCAAGUGAUUUUAUCCCGCUUGAUUUGUUUAUAUUUUACCUAAUGAAUUACAUUUGAGUUAAAUUGAUUAAAUAAUUAAUCAUGAGUA